UCAUUGUCACUUGAAGAAUGAAAUGAAAAUUGAAAUUAUUUUGUUGUGUACACUUUGACUUUGCCUGUAUGCAUUCAUUUCUUCGUAACUUUGUUGAUUUCGUUGCUAUACACCGGGUUCCCUAGAAACUAAACAAUAUGACGAAAAAGUCAAUUACUUUGGACGUCGAUCCAACAAUUAUGGAAAAGAAUAUGAGGAUUGUACGAGAAAACCCAGUUGAAGAAGAAUUCAACAAACUUUUGUCAAAUGUUGAAACUAUACCAUCAAAACUUGUGAAACCCACCCCAGGCUUUUGUGUGAAAACCUUCACAAAGCCGGAGGAAAGAAAGUCUUUGUGAAUAUAUGUCUGACAGAUGCCAUUAUUUGCCCCCGCGAUAUUAGCAAUGAAGAGCUUAUGCAGAUUCUCAGCUCGGAAGAUCCUUCCUCUUAUAGAGUCCCUAUGAGUAUUGGGGAGGGUAGGACUGAAGCUGACAGGUCUGGGGCUCCAGCCACAGUCUAUGAUGUUGCUAUAAACCCAGAAUUCUUUAAAAAAAUUGAAAAAGAUGACUUGUUUCAAACAUUUUUUCUCACCGUUGUCUUUGAAGGGUUACAAGACAAGUAUCAAUUUGAAAUAGAUAUGCAAAAGUACACUGUAUUGAAAAAUAGAAAGUCUAUAGGGACUUUGCAGUGCCAUAGAAUACAAAUAAGGGGUGUUAAGAAUAAUGAGAAGUGA